AUGAUCGCCGAACAGCCUACCCAGGGUGCCGUCGGGUCCGCUCCUCGGAAGCGAUCUCUCUUCAACAAGCCAAGCUGGAGCAAGCCCCAAGCCCUGAGCAAUGAUACUGAUCUCUUUCACCGUUCAAAUCAGGCCUAUGCCGAUCUUGCUGCUGAAGCGGAGCGUGCACGGAAAAGGAAGUCAGCUAGGAAAGAGAGAGAAAGAGCUCGUCAAAAUGUAAAUGGAGAACGCGCAGGCAAGAGACGGCGUGUUUCUGAGGAUGAGGAUGAUGAGGACGAUGACUCUAGUAGCGAUGAAAGUUCGAGUCACUCCAGUCGUAAAGAAGGCAAAGCCAGCCCCACCCAACCCAAAAGUCACCAUGUUUCUCCCACAAUUUCUCAAAAGCCGAUACAUUCUCCAAAAUCUUUACUCAAGCGCUACGAAGCUAAGGUUGCGGCGAGCAAAGUCGGCCAAGAGCAAAAGCAGAAGCAAAAGGUUUCUGAUAUCAUUGAUCUUGAAGAUGAGGAAGACUCCUUAGCAUUACCCGGGCAAGAUACAACCUGGAGUUCUGCGAUUGUCAAGCCUGCAGCUCCUCCUGAAGAGGAUGACCAACCAGUAUCGGAUGAGGAGUUCCCGGAGUUGGCUCGUCAGGCCAGGGAAAAGGCCCGAAGAAAACGUCUGGAGGAAGACAUAGCAUCUACAACCGUAAACCCUCAAGAGGGCCAAGUGUCCUUGCUCCAACCAAUGCCUCCAACCUCACAGCCAGAUCCAAUUCUUCAAAUAUUGAUAACCUCGAAAAUCGACAACACAAUCCCAUUGAUCGUUAGCAGAAGAGUGUCGCAGCGAUUGAAAGACGUAAGACUGGCAUGGGCAAACCGGCAGAACUUUACUACCGAUUUCACAGACACGGUCUUCCUGACGUGGCGGGGAAAGCGAGUCUUUGAUGUCACGACGUGCAGAAGCUUGGGCAUCACUGUUGAUGCCAUGGGAAGGAUCUCCACGAAAGGAGGCUCGUGGGAGGAAGAGGAGGGGCAAAUUCAUAUGGAAGCGAUGACGGCCAAAAUAUUGGAAGCCUACAAGAAAGCAAAGCGCAGCGAGACUACCGGUCAAGAGGAUUCGGCCGCGCAGGAGGAAGCCGUGGCGGUGCAGGAUCAUGAAACUCAAGUCAGAAUCGUUUUGAAAGCCAAGGGACUCGACGAUUUCAAGCUCCAGGUCCGGCCGUCUACUCUCGUCUCUAAGGUCGUUAAUGCUUUUCGUUCUCGGUAUCAGAUUGGUGGAGAUAAGGAUGUCUUCAUGUCCUUUGAUGGAGAGCGAUUAUCGCCUGAUAGCAGGAUUGAGGAAACGGAGAUCAGCGAUAUGGACACUCUUGAGGUUUACGCCAAGUAG